CGGAAGUUAUCAUACGCAUACAUCAAUGACUAUUAUUGUACAAAACAAUCAGGAAUUGAACCAAAAAGGCACUAAAGAAUCAUGCGAAAUUAUACUGCUUGCACUAUAUCUGAUAUUGGAUGUUCAGAUCCCACAGAAAAAAAAUAGAGUACGUUAUUGAUAAGUGAUGCGGCAAAAUGAUUUUUCUCCUAAUGCUGAUUUUUGUAACGACGAGUGGAUUUGACUUAAAAUGUCCGGCUAAAGCAGAAUGGAGAUUGCGAGCAAUUGUUUCAUGUUAUUCAGAGGACAAGUAUGCAUGUUUGUUCAACCUACUGGAAGAAAAAUAUAUGGAAAAUUGUUCACGUACAGAUCAAAGUAGCAUAGGAAGUAAGCUAGUGUUCCAACCGUUGUUUAAUCUAGCAGAAUGUAAUGGCGGAAGAUAUCAACCUAUAGUGUUCACCACUCAUGGAAACAGCGAAUGUAUAUACAGUAAAUCAAAUUGCAAUGAAGAGGGGCAGGUAGUGUUUAGCAAUGAUUCCUCUAGCGCCGAUACUGCUUGUCGCUGUGAUUACGCAAAGGGGUAUGCGUUUGUUACAAGACCAAAGAACAGUUGUUUCUGUAAACCAUCUGAGGAAGACUGUUCAUGUGUUAGAGUUACAUGUACAACUCUAACUCGAGAUUAUAAAUGCAUUACUGAUGGGGAGAUAAUAACAAAUGCAACUUGCCAGGAAAUACUUCCUUCCAUAUCACACACCACAUAUACUAAUACAGUUCAGAUCAACGAAAGUAUCAUAAAAAGUUACUCAAAUGCACAUUUAAUUGCAAAUAUCAUCAUUACUGGUAUAGCUAUUUAUGUCAUCUUUGCUGUUAUAGUGUUAUUAAAGACCUGUGUUUUUGUUCCACCCCGAAUACUGUCACAAGACAUGAUUCAAAGUGACGGAAGGCAUAUUGGUCUUGAAUGCUAUGUUAGUUCACAUUUACCACUAACGUCUGUGAUAUGGUGUAGAGAACCCGGAGACAGUAUUUCUCCGGAUAUCAAGUCUUACAACAGAUUUAGCAGUAACGGAAUUAGAAUAUUGACCCUUGAAAAUCUCGAAAAAGACGAUUUUGCAACAUACAAAUGCAUAGCUAGUAAUAUUAUUGGUACCGUAGAAAGCGAUCCUGUACAACCUAACGAUGACGAAAGACAAAAGUUUAUACAUGAACUUUUUCUGAAAGGUGAAUGCGGCAAACUUCAUUUUGCAAGACUUGUAUUUAUUGGAAAACACGGAGUAGGAAAAACCAGUUUAAUGAAACGAUUACUAUGGCACAACAAGGAAGAUGUCACUUCUACACAGAGUACAGAUGGGAUUGAAGUUGAGAAAUGUAAUAUCAAUAUUGCUGAUGGGAAAUGGAGCCCAUGUAAUGAAACAGACGAUGAUGUACGCAGAUUGAUUCGCCAAGUAUUUAAAGGGAAGAUGCUUAAUGAAAAAAGGAAAGCAGCUGAAACUGUUGAUGAUCAAGAACCUUUGAGUUUAAAUAAAGAUGAAUCAAGAGGUGAAUCAGAAGAAGAAAUUUCCACAAGUUCCGAUGAAAGAGGUGACAUGGAUCUUUUAAAUUAUGAUUCUAAGAGCGAAAGUGAUGAAAGUGACUUCUCAGAAGAAAUUCAAAAAUUUAUCGCUAAAAACAGAGACGUACAUGCAGCAGUAGAGACUGAUUUAAAUCAAGUGCAAUCGGAUAUUUUCAAAAAAGAAAAUAUGUAUGACACCAAAAUUAACAACUAUACAACGGAAAAUGAGUCUGACCUUGUUAACGACGAGAGUAUAAACGAAAUGACUUCUACAAUUAUGAAAUCAUGUCUUCAAUUCAGGGAAAAGGAACAACAUGAUACAUUGGCGUUUUGUUGGUUGUGGGAUUUUGCUGGCCAGAAGGAUUUUUAUGCCACACACCAAGUCUUUUUGUCGAAAUAUGCAGUGUUUUUGCUAAUAACAGAUAGUUUAGAGUUUAGCACUGCUGAGGAUCAAGGAAUAGAUUUUGAAGGCUCUGCGCAGUAUGUAAGUUUCUGGUUUGACGCCAUCCACUGCUACUGGUCGACUACAAAACAAGGAAGACUAGACCCUCCUAUCAUUGUUGUGUGUACAAACGAAGAUAAAAUUAAGGAACCUUCAGAGAGAGAAAUACGACAGAAAAAAUUUAAAGAGAAUCUAAGAAAAAGUUUGAAUAACCAGGAAAAGAAAGGACACUUGAGAAACAUACAUUUUAUUUCUAAUACUGAGGAUACUGAUAUUGUGUUUGAAGAGAUUAGAAAAGAUAUUUCACGUCUAGCUAUGGAAAUGGAAGAUUGGGGCAGAGAUUGUCCGUUAAAAUGGCUUUUGUUUCAACAGGUCUUAUUAAAGUUAAAAGACAACAAUGUACCAAUUGCAUCAACUAAAGAAUUGCUGAAAAUUGCAAAACACAAAGAUAUUGAUAUCAACGAAGAUAAUGAAAUUAAACAAUGUUUGCAUUACUGUCAUGCAAUUGGAUCAGUUGUCUACUAUGACGACGAAAACUUAGCAGAUCAUGUUAUUUUGGACCCUAAAUGGUUGAUUAAUGCCUUGAGAUGUCUUGUUAGUGAUAAAAUUGAUAAUAUAAUCGAAGUUUCAGAUGAUUGGGAAACAUUGACAGACACUGGCCAAUUAACAGAUUCACUCAUAUCUCUCUUGUUCAAGAAAGAACCAGAAUUGAAAUUUGAAGAGAACAAAGCACAUUUAAUUGAAGUUAUGAAACGGUUUGAUAUUAUAGUGAACUUAAAAGAGUCAACUGCACUCUACAUGCCAUGCAUGAUAAAGUCUUCCUCGUUCACUGAAGUUCAAAAGCAUUUUAGUGGCGAAAACCAACCUUUUUACAAAAGUAGCUGGUUGUGUUUAGAAUUUAAGUUUCUUCCUCCGGCCUUCUUCAACCAUAUCAUUGCCUGGUAUAUUAAGCAGUAUCAUGUGCAUGUUAUAAUCGAUAAAGUAAAUCGAAGCAAAAGAAAUGCAUUAUAUCGGCAUAUUGGUAUAUUUGAUUUGGAUGUGUCUUGUUGUGAACAACUUGUUGUUUGUGAAGGACCCAAUGUCAUAGCUCUUCAAGUAUGGGAUUCACGUUUGUCAAAAAAGACUUACACAGAUUUGGAAUCAAGCCUAUAUAAGUUCGUUGAAACAUUACGAAUGCACUACAAUCUACAUAUAUCAUACAAACAAGCAUUUACAUGUUCAGACGGUGAUUUUAAAAUUAAUCGAAAAAGAAUUGAAGAUUUAAUCCCUGAGGAAUACCGGUGCUCAGAGCACAAGACACUUCACACGUCAUUAGAUUUAGUAAGGCCUUGGGAAGCUGUAGAACAACGGUGGGCUAGGAAAGCAGCUGAAGCAGCUGAAGAAGGUUGA